GUAUGUAGACACAAAUAAGACGAUUGGGUCAGUGACUCAAAUUGUGACAUUUUCUUGUAGAACAUGCACUUAGAAGCAAGAAGAUUUCUUCCAUGUUUGACAAUUUUAGUUACCAACUGUUUUGGUGAAAUAAACCUACAGCAGACAACAUCGUCUUCUUUACAGCAAGCCGUAGAUGGGUACUGGGGAGACUGGAGUAAAUGGGGGAACUGUAGUACAUCUUGUGGAAUGGCAGGUUACAGAGAGCGGACCCGUCUUUGUGAUAACCCUGUUCCUACAAAUGGAGGAAAUCCUUGUUCUGGGCCAGACGUUGAAAUGAGAUCUUGUUUUAAACCUUGUGCUGUUCAUGGAAAUUGGGGUUCCUGGAGUGGAUGGAAACUUUGCAGCGUUACUUGUGGUAAUGGAAGCGAGGCAUAUCACAGAUCAUGUGACAAUCCCGCGCCAAAUCACGGAGGGAGACACUGUGUAGGACAAUCUACGAAAUUAGUGCCUUGCAGAGGGCCACCUUGUGCAAUUGAUGGAAGUUGGGGGGACUGGUCUAGUUGGACUUCUUGUUCUGUGACUUGUGGAGACGGCGAGGAACAUCGUCAGCGCCAAUGUAACAACCCUCCCCCACUAAACGGAGGCCGGGCAUGUACGGGUCAUAGAAAGGGUACAAGACAUUGUCAUCAACCACAGUGUAUUACAGCGAUUGACGGAGGUUGGGGAGCUUGGUCUAAAUUGGGGCAUUGUUCUGUUAAGUGCGGUGGUGGAGUAAAGCGUCGGCAUCGCAACUGCGACAAUCCCUUCCCUCAACACGGUGGUAAGGACUGCUCGGGAAAUCAAACAGAGACACAGACAUGUCACAAUCAACAGUGUCCACCAACUGACGGAAGUUGGGGAGCCUGGUCCCUAUGGGGCCAUUGUUCUGUUAAGUGCGAUGGUGGAGUAAAAAAUAGGCAUCGAAUCUGCGACAAUCCCUCCCCACAACACGGUGGCAAGGACUGCUCGGGAAAUCAAACAGAGACACAGACAUGUCACAAUCAACAGUGUCCAC